UUCUUCCUUGCGCGUCUCCCGAGUUUCACCGGUCAAUCUCCUCUCUCCUGCCUUCCAGCCCUCCGAGCCAAGUAAGCUCUCCUCUUUUCCUCAGCUUUCCUUAUUCUCCAUUUUUCCUCCCGCUAGAUGUCUUCCUCGGACAGCCAGGAUAUUUCCGCCUUGGAUGCCCACGCAUCCGAGGAAUCCCCCUCUUCCUCCUCCUCCACCGGGUCAUCUUCACCCGAUUUUGAACACCGGUCGGUUCCCAACACCACCGUUCCCGAACCGCAGCCGGUUAACCAAAUGCCCGGUCAGGUUUUUCAGGAGAGGGAUGAACCGGUUAACGAUGAGCCGGCCCCCUAUGACCCUGACAACGAGUCGUAUGAGGGAUGGGUGAACCGGCUGGAAGCGGCCGGUUACUUCCCCCUCCCCACUAGUUACCCUUCAGACAUCUACCCCCAUGUUUCCAAAAUCGCCCAAAAUAAGGCACGCAGGAACCUCCCGGAGGGGUAUGUCCUUGAAUACGACCCUAACUGGCGCAAUAUCAUCGAGCCUCACCGGGAUGAUAGGGUAGGGUUCCAUAUCAUCUCCCUGGAGAGUGGCACCGUCUUCCCCCUUCGCCCCCUUCUGGACGAGUUGUGCCACUGUUUCAAGAUCCUCCCCGGGCAACUUACGCCCAAUGCCCAUCAUUUUCUUAAUGCUUUUGUAAAUAUCUGCACCCAUCUCAAAAUCGAUCCUUCCCUUCGCUUUUUCCUCUAUUUGUUUGAAGUCCUUCCCGGUAAGUCGGGUUGCGACGGCUAUGUCUACUUCAAGGGCCGUAACGGUCGCCAAUUCAUUUCUGACCUUCCACAAAGCAACCGGCUGUGGAAGGAAAAAUUUGUUUUUAUAAAGUUUCCCACCACGUCUCCCUUGGCCGGCUUAAAGUGGAGUGACCAUAUCCUGAAGCCGCAAUACACUGAGCCGGCUAACGCUCCAGACUUGGAAGAAAGUUUGGAGAAACUUCUACAAGGGGACCCGUUCACCGGGCAAAUGUUCCAUUACGGGGCUUGGAUUUGGAGGAUCUCACCGGGUGGCACGGGUACCCCCAGGGCUGACGAAGCAACCGGGCACGGGGUACCCGCCCCGGGCAACACUGCGGAAGCUGGGGGUUCCAGUCACCCAGAGAUGAACUUCAGAGCAUUUAACAUCCCGACGAAAAAGACCGGCGGCUCCUCCUCUGCUGCCCCAAGAACUGUACCGGUGCAACAGGAGCCGGUGGAGAUCAACUCUGAGGAGGAAACUCCUCCGACCGGGAGGACCGGUCAGGCCGGGAGGACCACAGUAAACCCUCCCCUAGACAAGCGAAAGGGGAAGAUGGGCGAGGUUGGGCCUGAAACCUUGGGGAGGCUUGCCGAGGACUCCCCUUCCCGGUCACUUCAGCUGGAGGAAAAACUGAAGAGGCUUGAAGCCCAGAACCGGGAGCUUCAAGACCUAACAACCCGGCAACUUGACGAGAUGGCCAACCUCUCGGCGGUUGCCGGUAGGGCGAACGCGGAGGUCCUCCAGCUGAAAGAGGAGAACUCACUGUUGAUGGGGGAGGUCUCCCACCUGAAGGAGGAGACAUGGGUGAAGGAGCAAGAGCUGCCCGGUCGGGCCAGACAGUGGAUGGAGGAGAACUUGGUAGAGGCCGCCCGGGUGCUUACUUCCUCUAAGGAGAGAACAAUGGAGGGCUUCAAGCUUCUGUACCGGGAGGACCAUGGGAAGGAAAUGAUCACCCAAAUCGGCUCCUACGGUUUCAUGUCGGGCCAAAAAAGAGACCGGGAGGCCACCCACGCGAUCCUCGCUGACCGGGACCCGCAUUUUGACGCUGAUUCAUACGACCUUGCCCCCAUCCCGGACGAAGAACCUGCACCUCCUUUUCCUCUUGAGUAAUCUUCCCGGCUGCGACCGGUUGAAUUAUUUUGUAAAACUUCAAACUCAUUUCCCCGGGAAUGCCCGGUGUAGCUGUAAAACACUUAACUUUUUUGUUCUGCUUUAAUGCAAUGCUUAAUUUCCAUACCGGUUUAGCUUCCAUAUCUGCAUGCUUCUUGAUUGAUACUUUGCUCUUGCUUCUUAGAACGCCAUCAUAGGAUAUUCGACCGGUACAGUAAUCAACCACUAUUGCGUUC